UUUUUCAGUUUCAUAACUAAUCAGUAUCGGUUUAGCAGUUGGCCCAACUGGGCCAUAGGCUGAAAGCAAGUGCACAUUAAAACGACGUGGAACCCGGAACUUUCCGCGUAGAACUGCUUUCUGGACCAUAGUGCAGUGUGCUUCUGAGACCGAAAUCCAUUUCAAUCUCGGCGAAGAUUCUGCCGACGAAUCAAAACAAGGAUAAACAGUGCAUGGCUGAGAAACAAAAAUAAACGGAAAACGUGAAUGGAUUGCCGUCCCUCAUAGUUACUGGACAUUUUCAUUCAUUAAAGUUGAGUUCUUCGUUCAAUUCGUUCAUCUAGUGGUCAGUGUGCAGUGUAAUUACCCUGUUUGAUCCUUUCGCAAUAAACGGCAAGGCCACGGGCCCCCCAAGUGAGGAUGGAUAUCGACAAGUUGAAAUGUGUUCUGUGCCACAAGUUUCCCGAUUCCGAGGUGUACGAGUGUACAGCGCAGCAUGUCGGUUGCAUCGAGUGCGUUGAUAAGCUCAACGUGCGACUCUGCAAGUGUUCCGAAUACUUCGAGCAGAAAAAGGAAAACCCGAUCGAGCGUCUUGCCAAGCACAGCAAGACUCCAUGCCCGUACAAAUCGUCCGGCUGUACAUGGACUUUCGGUUCUGAGGAUAUGCGUCAACACUUGGAAGAGUGCAAGUUCCGUCCCGUCCACUGUAUUGGCGCCAAGCUGAAAGUUAUAUCGUGCAGCUGGAAAGGACGGCAGAAUGAAAUCGAGGAUCACAUGUUGAAAUUGCACGCCGAUCUGGGUAAACCUUUCGGCUACUAUCAAGUGACCGAGAUCCCUUUUUCAACGACUGUUCCCAGGGCCAGCAUCAGACUAGUGGAUGCGUUCUCUAAGCAGUUUCUGUUUUAUUUCUCAUCGAACGUGGAAAAGCAAACGGUCUAUUUUAUGAUCGUAUACUUUGGACGCCGUGAGGAAGCGCAACAGUACUUUUACGAAUUUCAGAUUCGCGAUCACACCGGCCGAAGUGUACGCCAGGUCAAAUAUGUACAAACGUGCAUUGCUGAUUGCGAGGAUCUGAACGAAAAGAUGGAAAGUGAAAGCUGCAUUGCACUAUCGUUCAAAUCUGUUAAGCACUAUCUGCAGAAGGAUCAUAUCCCAAUACGAUUCAUCAUAAGAAAGUUAGAAAAGGAACCUGAAAGUGGGGCAUCACGGGAGCGAAGGGCUUCCGAAAGCGACAGAUCUGGUGGCAAACCACCAAAACCUAAGCCAACUCCGUUCGUAUUUCCCAAAAAGGGUAAACAGCAGCAAAAUGUAAAUCGAACUCGACCCGUUGGUGGCGCUGCUGUCGGUAGCGAUGGAGGCGUUAAAAAAUCUCCGAUGCCAUCAGAUGACGACCCUCCUCUGCGCAGGAUGGCCCCUGCAUUGUCGCGACCGCUUUCUGCCUCAAAGACCCCCGUCAGCACGUCACCGGUGCUGAAAACGCCUGAAUUUUCAUCGAUUAACCGGAUGGGAGUCAGUGGUGUGGAUUCGCCUAUCGUGCACCAGGAGCCAUGUCCGUUUAUGUCGCCAUCGAUUAACCGUCUUGAUGCGUUCUGGCCAAACUAACAGCACGCACCUUCAUCUAAAAAACCAAACCUCAAGCGCAUGUUCUCAUCACCUAUGUACAAACCACAACCACACAAACAAACAAAAAACUCCACCGAAACUACCUACACAAAUACAGUGCUUAGUAUAGAACGCCUUUUGUACUUCCAUUCUCGGACCACGCCCACAAACCGUCGUUGAGCAGCCGCCGUCUUACAGCGUAGUGGGGACCUAUGAAAGCCGAUACUCCUUCAGUGAAUAUUGCAUCACCAGCAACAAUAAACCGCCUCCAGUAGAGUGCAAAACGACGGCAACUCUCUGUCAAAGGUACACACAGCCGUACAAGAUG